UCCAACCAAAUGUGAAGAUCCCUCCAACACCUGCUUCCUUCUUCCUCUCCCAAAAGACCCACAUCCCAAAAUCCCAUCUUUUCUUCUAGGGAGAGGAAGAGGAUUCCUCCUACAUUUUGUUACAGAUGAUGAAAGAGGUCAGGUACAUUCAAAACUGGGGCGAAGUAGCACCUACCCUCCUCAUUUGUCAUCACAAAAACUCAAGACGUUCAAAGUUAGAGACCAUUCUCGAAGAAGGAUGUGAAAACUCCGUGGUUGUUCCCAAGAGAAUUGUUUAUCUUCUUCCUAUAGUCCUUUCUAUGCUUCUUUAUUUCAUGUUUUGCAGAAACUUGGCUCGAGCCUGAUGAUGAUGAGUAGUAAUCUUAAUAUUCUGCACGAGACAGUUGUAAAAGAAAAAUAUCUAUACACACAUACAUAUAUAUAUAUAGAGAGAGAGAGAGAGAGAGAGACAUUGUUGGUUGUAUGGGGAGCAUCCCAAGUGUUUGAGGAAAUGGCAUUGUAACCUUGAGUAGAAACUUGUAAUGUUAAUAUUGGUGCAUUAAGAUGGAGUGGUGGAUUGUCUUUGAACGAUUUGAAUUAAAUUCCUUUGAAGUGU